AUGGGAGGAAAGGUUGUGGUCAUUUCGUGUGAUCUAGACAUGGCUACCAUUUGGCAACACCUUGAUGACCCAACACUCUAUUGCUCUUCGUCAUAUGAAGGGCCAGCCGUAAGGGUGAAAUCUGAUGUCCAGGAGCGGAUCGAUGCGGUUAACCUAGCGCAGCGAAUCGCAACUUCUAAUGGUUACAUUGAUGUACCGCAGAAGCCAGGUCUUAUUGCACAGCGAGAUUAUGCCAAGUCGCCUAGUGCUUGGAUGAUCGAGAAUGUCUUUGCAGAAGUCGAUCUAGACAAUAUUCGAAUGGAACUCGCGCCCUCAAACGUCUUUGCUUACUUUUCCCUGGAGCACAUACUACUGGAGGGACACUGUUUCGACGAAGUAUCUGGAUCGCCGCCACGUGGCUUGCAGUUUGUGCUUGGAACACGUACCAAUCCCACUGAGUUUGACACUAUUGUAAUGGCCAACCUUGGAUACUUCCAGUUGAAGGCAAACCCUGGAGCAUGGCUGCUACAGCUCCGUGAUGGAAGAUCGAAAGACAUAUAUCAGUUGUCGAACUAUGGCAGUAUUGAAGAGAGCACUAACGAUUCAGUUCGAGUUCUUAUAGAUUCCUUCUCUGGUAGAACCAUUCGUGUUCGAGUUCUAAAAAAGAAUGGAAUGGAGCAAAGAAGUCUACUUUCAAACGAUGAUGAAGGUAGCGCCGGUGUUUGGAACACUAUCAGUAACACCCUGAGAAGCGAAAAACAUAACACGAUCAAUGUGUUCUCUCUGGCAUCCGGUCAUUUAUACGAGAGAUUUUUGAACAUCAUGAUGUUAUCUGUGAUGAAGCACACUAAGAAUCCAGUAAAGUUCUGGCUACUCAAGAACUACCUCUCACCUCAGUUUAAGAAAGAUCUUCCUCUGUUAUCAGAUGAAUACGGUUUCGAAUAUGCAUUGGUAGAGUACAAGUGGCCUCGUUGGUUGUAUCAACAAAAGGAAAAACACAGGAUUAUGUGGGGUUAUAAGAUUCUUUUUCUUGACGUCCUUUUUCCUCUCGAUCUGCAGAAGAUAAUAUUUGUGGAUGCUGAUCAGGUUGUUCGCGCAGAUCUCAUCGAGCUAAUGAACUACGAUCUAGAAGGAGCACCAUACGGCUAUGUGCCUUUCUGCGACAGUCGCAAGGAGAUGGACGGUUUCCGAUUUUGGAAGCAAGGCUACUGGGCAAGCCACUUAGCGGGGAGGCGAUAUCAUAUUAGCGCUCUUUUCGUCAUUGAUUUACAAAAGUUCCGCCAAAUUGCUGCUGGAGACCGUCUUCGAGGGCAGUAUCAAGGCCUCAGCAGUGAUCCGAACAGCUUAUCCAAUCUUGACCAGGAUCUUCCUAACAACAUGAUCCAUCAGGUGAAAAUUAAGUCAUUGCCGCAAGAAUGGUUAUGGUGUGAGACGUGGUGUGAUGAUGCAAGUAAAAGCGAAGCAAAGACCAUCGAUCUUUGUAACAAUCCUAUGACGAAGGAACCGAAGCUGGACUCUGCUAUUCGUAUCAUACACGAGUGGAAAGAUUACGACAAUGAAAUCAAACGCAUCCUUUCGUGUACAGACGGAAUGUCGACGCGCCUAUCCCGUCUAUGGCAGCCUGGAAGUCGACAAGGGUUCACUUUUCUUCCCAAUUUCUGGUUAGUCGUUGCCUCUACCCAUCUUGUGGGCAGGAGCCGAUUACCGAAAAACUGCGUCAAAUUUGAAGUGGAUUGCAGGAUGUCGAAACGGAACAUCAAGAAUUAUCUAUCCAAGAUUUACAAGUUACCUGUGAGGGACGUGAAAGCAGAGGUUGGGCGACGACCUGUGGUGAAAGCUAAGCUCGCCGUGGCAUGGCUGCUUAGUUUGGGGAAAAGUCUCUUUGCCACUCCAGCAUAUUCACUGCCUCAGCACCCUGCACACUGGGCCCUUCCGUCUCAGACGUCGGAUGGUAUGGCACCCGGUGAGAGGCGAUCAAAUCUCAGGUUGCUCAGGACGUCAUUGAUUAUGGACCAAGGCGAUACACGCACGACUCGCCAUGGAGACUGUCUCAGACUGUGUACUUACAACACGAGAACAGUUUCUACAGACGUUGAUCUGCAUGCCCUUCUCGGAGCUGCAGAACGCAUCAAAUUUCACGUGAUUGCUCUGCAGGAGACCAAGUGCAGAAGGAGCGACGUACGACAGAUGAAUGACGGUACACUCGUCAUUCGUGGAGAGAAGGUUCCGUCGCGAAAUGUAGGCGGUGUUGGUUUUGUUGUGCACCCUUCUGUCGUCCAUCUUGUCGAAUCUCACGAGGUCCUGUCACCUCGUCUGCCCAUUCUUCGCUUCCGCCAAAAACCUAUCAGUAUCAGCAAGUGCUACUCGCCAAUAUCAGCAGCUGAUGAUUCCGAAUUGGACGCGUUUUACGAGGAGCUGGAGGAAGUAAUUCGCAACGGGAAGCCCUAA